ACUAGAAUCUGACACUGGACAAAAAUUUGGAACUGUGAUGGUUGACGACCAAAUUGUGAUAAAAUAUUAGCUGCAUAUCUUAUUAGCUAACUUUGAUAUUUUAUAUCAAGACUUAUAAAACUAGUUAUUACAUCAUGGGAUUUGAACAUGGAAAAAGGACAAAGGUGUGGUGUUGCAGAGACAUGAUGGGGGGAUUCAAUCACUAUGUUGUUGUGAAGUUCAAGGAUGGUGUAGCAGUUGAAGAACUCACUGAAGGGUUGGUGAAAAUGGUCUCAGGGAUUGAGCAUGUUAAGUCCUUCCAAUGGGGAAAAGAUAUUGGAGGACCUGAUUUUCUGAGACAAGGCUUCACUCAUGCUUUCUUGAUGACUUUCAAUGGGAAAGAGGAGUUUGAUGCAUUUCAGAGUCACCCAAAUCAUGUUGAGUUUUCCAAAUUAUUCUCACCUGCUGUUGAGAAUAUUUUAGUGCUGGAUUUCCCACCUACCAUUGUCAAAGCAUAAGCAUAUGAUAUGAUCCUCAAGAAUGAAGGUUUUUCAAGCAGUUUUUAGAGUCUCAGCCUUGGAAGUGUAUGCUUAAUGAUAAGCACUUUUUUCAUUUCCCUUCUGUUUUAACUUGAUGGUAAGAAGGAGUACUUGAUAAUAACAAUGAUUCUCUUCCAGUUUCCACUA